AUGUUUACAUUUCUUUUCUCACCUGAAAAGUCUGCACAGAUGUGGUGGCGAUGGCGGCGGCGGCAGUGGUCAGCCCCUCUCCUCCUUCUCCUCAUCGUUGCCACUCUCCUCCCUUCCUCUUCCGCCAUUGAUUUCCUCUACAAUUCCUUCAGCUCUGCAGUCAACAGAACUGACCUCAUCCUCAUCGAAGAUUCCCGCGUAGACUCCACCGUAAUCCGCCUCAUCAACGAGUCCAAUCAAUUAUCUUUAGGCCGAGUUUUCUACCCACAAAAGCUUCCAAUUAUACCCGAUCCAACCCGAAACCCGACCCGACUCUCCUCUUUCUCCACUUCCUUCGUCUUCUCCGUUCUCCCUGACAUACCCACCAGUCCUGGCUUCGGCCUCUGCUUCGUCCUCUCCAAUUCCACCUCUCCUCCAGGCGCUAUCGCCAGCCAAAACUUCGGUCUCUUCCCCCUGAUACCCAGUCGACUCGCCGCUCCUCUCCUCGCCGUCGAAUUCGACACCGGUGAGAACAACGAAGCCAACGACAUCGACGGAAACCACAUAGGGAUCGACCUUAACAGCAUCCUAUCCACCAAAUCCGAACCCGCCGGCUUCUACGAUUCUGUUAAUGGAAGCUUCGUCAGCUUAAAUAUGCGUAACGGACAGAACGUCCAUGCUUGGAUCGAUUUCGAUGGCCCCAAUUUCGAGAUCAACGUCUCGAUUGCCCCCGCCGGUUUGCCUCGACCUCGCCGGCCUACGCUCACCUUCCGUGAUCCGGUUAUCGCGAAUUAUGUCUCCGCCGAUAUGUACGUCGGCUUCUCCGCCUCUAAAACGCGUUGGGUUGAAGCUCGGAGAAUUCUAGCUUGGAGCUUGAGUGAUACCGGAUCUCUUCGAGAGAUAAACACAACGAAUUUGCCUGUUUUCUUCCUGAAAUCUUCGUCGUCUCCUCUUUCAACUGGAACAAUCGCCGGGAUCGUUGUUGGUUGCGUUGUCUUCGUGGGUCUACUUGGAUUUGCGGGUUACUUGUUGUGGAGGAAACUAAUGAAAGAGGAAGAAGAAGAUGAGGUCGAGGAGUGGGAGUUGGAGUUUUGGCCGCACCGCUUCAGCUACGAAGACCUUGCCGCCGCUACGGAGGUUUUCUCCAACGAUCGGCUUCUUGGAUCCGGUGGAUUCGGUAAAGUUUACAGAGGAAUUCUGCCGAACAACAAUGAGUUAGCUGUCAAAUGCGUGAACCACGAUUCGAAGCAAGGGCUGAGAGAGUUCAUGGCGGAAAUCGAGAGCAUGGGUCGGCUCCAGCAUAAGAAUCUGGUUCAAAUGCGAGGAUGGUGUCGCCGGAAAAACGAGCUCAUGCUCGUCUACGACUACAUGCCAAACGGAAGCCUCAACCAAUGGAUAUUUGAUAAUCCUAAAGAGCCAAUGCCGUGGCGGCGGAGGCGACAUGUGAUCAACGACGUGGCGGAGGGGCUUAACUAUCUUCACCAUGGGUGGGACCAAGUGGUAAUCCACCGAGACAUCAAAUCAAGCAACAUCCUUUUGGAUUCCGAGAUGCGUGGGAGGCUAGGGGACUUCGGCCUCGCCAAGCUGUACGAGCACGGUGGAGCACCCAACACGACGCGUGUGGUGGGUACGCUCGGGUAUCUAGCGCCGGAGCUGGCGUCUGCGUCGUCUCCGACAGAGGCCAGCGACGUGUACAGCUUUGGCGUGGUGGUGCUGGAGGUGGUUUGCGGGAGGAGGCCGAUAGAGUACGGGGAGGAGGAAGACAUGGUGCUUGUGGAUUGGGUUAGGGAUCUGUACGGCGAAGGAAGGGUGGUUGAUGCGGCUGACGAGAGAGUGAGGGGAGAGUGUGAGACGAGUGAUGAAGUCGAAUUGUUGCUGAAAUUAGGGCUGGCUUGUUGUCACCCUGAUCCAGCGAAGCGACCGACUAUGAGAGAGAUUGUAUCACUCUUAAUUAGCUCGCCACCGGAGGAUUUGUUGAGUGGACUCACGCCGGUUGCCACUGACUCUGCCUCCGCACUCUCCUGA